UUCGCCCAAAACCCUCUCCUUCUCUCAGUAAUUUCAUCGAACACUUCGCCUCUGCUACGCACAGGGGACGCCAUGAAUCCACCUCCGAGCCUCCCUUUCCUCCCCUUCCCUCCCCCUAGCCCGAACGCCGCCUUCUUCCCUCCUCAUCCCCAGCAGAUCCCGCCUCCCCAGAUCCCCGCGCCUCCUCCUCCGCCGCCGCCGUCUCCGUCGCUCGCCGCCGCGCUAUCGUCCCUCGACCGCCUCAUCGCCGCCUCGGCCCAAACCCUAGACUCCCUCUCCGCCCUGCUCCCCCUGAAGCCGCAAGCGGGCCCCGACCUCGUCUCUUGCCCUUUCAACCCUCACCACCGCGUGCCCCCCGAAUCGCUCUUCGGCCACUACCUCCGCUGCCCCGCCCCUCUCGAUUUGGACUCCUCCCUGCAAUCCCUCAGCUACCCGAAAACCUUGGGGCCCUCGGAGGACAACCCCCACUUCGCUGGAGCAGUCGGCGGUCCCGGCAGCGAGCUCUGCCUCGCGUUGGACGGUUAUGGCGACUUCGGGUCUAACUUUUUCUACGAGGAUUGUCCUGGUGCGGUUGCUUUUCCCAUCGAGGAUAGUGAUGGUAGGAGGACGUUUACGUUGCCUGGUGUCCUGUCGAUUGAAUGCGGUAAUUUUAGUGCUGAUGGUGAUGUGGGUAUUGAAGAAGUUGAGAAUUUGUUCGUUGGUGUUCUGCCUUCACAGUUGUGGAGCGUUCAGAGAGAAAUCGAGACAUGGAGUGACUAUCCGAAUGGGUAUUCGUACAAUGUGCUUAGGGUGAUUUCGGGGGUGGGGUUGGUUAAAGAGAGUGAUUUGAGGAGAUGGGUUAUUGUUAAUUCUCUGCGAUGUGGUGUGGUUAUUGAUGUGGCCUUGGGGGAUCAUAUUAUUAUGCUGUGUACUCUGUGUUUGAAGGCGAUUGUAAGGGAAGGUGUUAGUUUGCUGAAGACAAGGGAUUUGAAAGGGAAUAAAGGUAGUUCAAGUGAGUUUAAGUGUCCCAAUUUGAUCCAGGUUAUGAUGUGGUUGGCAUCUCGGCUUUCUGUUUUGUAUGGCAAGGUGAAUUCAAAGUUCUUUGCUGUUGACAUGCUUAGGAAGUGCUUAUUGGAUGCUGGGUCGCAUCUGCUACUGGACUAUCCGGAGCAGGAGGAUGAAUCCACUGAUAAAAAUGAAAACAAACAUGAAAGAGAUGCCGGCGGUAUCAAGACGCAGCUUGAUAUUGAAGUGGAUGGAGUAGAUGGAACAGCGGUUGGAAACAUCAAUAAGAAGGUGAUUUUUGUGUCCCAGGUAGCUGCUGCUGUUGCAGCAUUGCAUGAGAGAUUCUUACUAGAAGUAAAAAUUAAGGCGCUACGGCAUUCUCAACAGCCUUCUAGAUAUCAGCGAAUGAUUGAGCAUGAUGAUAUAACCAAGAAAGCCAAUGAGGAGCGAGAAAAACGUCCUGAUUACAAACCUAUCAUAGACCACGAUGGGCUUCCUCGGCAGUGCUCAUCUAAUCAGGAUACGGGCAAGGCAAAGACCAGAGAGGAGCUAUUGGCUGAAGAAAGGGAUUACAAGCGCAGAAGGAUGUCAUAUCGUGGCAAGAAGUCGAAGCGCAAUAUUUCUGAGGUGAUGAGAGAUAUAAUAGAGGAAUAUAUGGAGGAAAUUAAGCAAGCUGGAGGUAUUGGAUGCUUUGAGAAAGGUGCUCCCAUUGAGGUUCACUCAAAUGAAGUACCUUCAUCAGAUGCAAUUCCAGCAAAUGGCACCUUUGAGUUGUGUUAUGAAACUGAAGGGCACCCUGUUUAUCCUCAGAGAGGAUUAAGGACCAAUCAUGAAGUCACAUCUACUUCUAAUGUCAAUGAGGAUACUUAUUCCGAACAUGGAAAGUCUAGAGGAAGGUAUUCUCAUGAAGAUCAACGUAAGAGUACUGGAGCAUACAAGCAUGAUAGGCACUAUUAUUCCCGAAGUCCAGAAAGGAGCGCUCAAAGUCUUCCGCAUAGGUAUACUAGUCAUAGGAUUGAAAGAGAAGAUGCAGAGCUGACUAGAAAAAAAAAUCAAGAGAUCAAAAGUUCAUACUCUGGUAGAUCCAACCAAGGCAAGGACAGAUCAUCUUCUAGAAGUGAUGUAGGGGGAAUGACUGGAAUCGAGACUCCAGAGAUAGAAGGCAGCGAGGACUCAUGGAAGACAUAAUUCAGACUUCCCGCUUCAUGGUUUUGAGGAUAGAUAUGAUCCUUCCAAGACUGAUGACUAAUCUGAAGAGUAGACUUUAGUGCUCGUAAAUGAAGUAGCUGCUAGAAUAAGGUUAAUAGUGAAAGGCCAACGGAAAAUAACCUUUUUAAGGAAUUUUUACGAGGUUCUCUCCUUGUCAGUAUGAAGUUGUCAGGCUUCCAAGAAUUAGAUCUACCUCUGUAUCCUCCUUUGUAUCCUCAAUUGUCAUUGCUGUUUCUUCGAUAUUCUAUCAUUGGUUUCUAUUUAUCCUUUCUUUUCUUUUGGAUAAUAUCUUGGGUGAAAGAUCAUGUUAAUGAUUGUCAUACUUUGACUACUCUUUCAUUGAUUUCUGACGAACUUGCAUAGAUUAGAAAAUUUCCUCACAUUUCCAACAACUCGAUCAUUGUUUCAAUUAGAUUUUUACCAACUUGCCAUGAUAAUUAAUGUCUCAGUUCAUGCAAGUAAUAGUGUGUGUCAUGCAAAUGUGAGUUGGAGUCUUUCUUUUUCGGCAGAUUUUAUAGUGGGGUUGAAUGAAGUUGUGGUCAGCUACUGUUGAACCCUCCGGGGAGCAGAAGUUUAUACAGAAAAGUCUCCUUGCUGUUUCCAAUCGAUUGAAGUUCAAAUUUGAUGGAUGGGAUAAGCUGAUGGUUUCUGCAGGUUGCUGUCAUCGUCUACCUCGAAAAUUUAUGUACAACUCACAAAUGCCAUGUGGUGCAGCUGCUAAGUUUCUUUGACAGGUGAUGCACAGAAGUUGAAGUGGCUCAUUUCUUUUCUGAUUUCAAUUUGAUCUUAGAAUUGAGGAUAAGGGGAGAAACUUGUUUAAAAUUUGGACAAAUUGAACAGCAGCCAUCAGAUACUCUAGGAAAAAUGAUUUUCUAUGAUGAGGAUACGGGUGAAAAGUAUGGAAACCCCUAGAAAGUAGGUAGAUCCUCUCAAAGAAGAUCUUGAUUACUUACAUCUUGCUGAAAUAGAUCAAUUUCUUGAGAGCACUCCAUGUGUUUGAUUUUGCUUAAGGUAUGUGAUAAGACUUGAUUCUCAUUGUAAUCACUUACUUUUAGAGGAACUCGAUUUUGUGCACUCGAGCGGAUCCAUUUUGAAUCGAAUUGGAUGUUAUUGUUUAUAUGCAAAAGCUCAGUAGCUACUGGCGGAUCAUGCAGCCUUGGAUGGACUCGAGUAUCAGGUGUCCGCAAUAUUCGGUAUUCUAGGGCUGUAAUUUGCUGAGCAGCACCACAAGUUUCCACCCUGAUUACUCCCCCCAGUGCCUGUCUGGUCGGGCCUGAAGCAUUGGAAUGUUCUGCCAAUUGGUUCUUGCCGGCCGGUUGGACUUGUGCCUGAAGUUGUGCUCUUCACAAAUAGAUCAAACGGGUGAUCUGUUUAGUAGGCAGUUUUGUACUUGGUUGCAUGUGAGGACUUAGCGAUAGUACAGUGAAUCCUCUGUAUUUUUAUAUCAUUGGGCAAGUUGCUCAAAAAACUCAUUGGCGGAGAAUGAAUGGUAUUCAAAACUGAAGUGGCUUCAAA